AUGGGGGGAGACAAUCCACAAGGGGAAGAAAAGGAGGAUAAAGAGGAGGACAAGAGAAAAGUCUUCAAAACUCACCUUGUUCCCAACAAGAUGGAGCUGAAGGAAUGGAUGAGAGAGCAACUGAACAUACCCUCCCACCAGCCUGUCUUCUCCCCAUGUGGCAGUUUUUUUGGCAAGGCUGUCCCCUUUCAUGGUGUGCCAGCAGCAGUUUGCAGUGACUGCCUGGGGCAGUGCAGAAAGAGUAUAAAAGCCAGCCCUUCUCACUCUCCCAUCCAGUCCUCUUGUCUCCAUCUCACUGAGAACAAGGUGCAUCUCCAGCCCCAAGACAUGUCCUGCUACACCCCGUGCCGGCCCUGCCAGCCCUGCGGCCCCACCCCGCUGGCCAACAGCUGCAAUGAGCCCUGUGUCAGGCAGUGCCAGGACUCCACCGUGGCCAUCCAGCCCUCUCCCGUGGUGGUGACCCUGCCUGGCCCCAUCCUCAGCUCCUUCCCUCAGAACACCGUGGUGGGAUCCUCCACCUCCGCUGCUGUUGGCAGCAUCCUCAGCUCUCAGGGAGUGCCCAUCAGCUCUGGGGGCUUUGGCCUCUCAGGCUUGGGCAGUGGUCUCUGUGGCACGAGGUGCUUCCCCUGCUAA